AUGGCCAAAAAGCUGAAGAUCUCGCUGGAGAAAGCCCAAGUCCGCGAGGAAGAGGACAUUUCCAACGACUCGUAUGAGGCUUCCUCCGAUGAGUCGGCUGAAGAAGCGUCUGAUGACGAGUUGGAGGGUGACGCUGAAGACGAAUUUGAUGUUGAAGGCGUUUCUCUGGGUGACAGCGAGGACGAAGACGACUCAGAAGAGGAAGAAGACGACGAUGAUAAUGAAGAAGAAGAAGACGAUUCUUUCCCCACUAAGAGAAAGAGUGCAAAGACCAGUGAUGGCUCCGAAGCAUUCUCGUCCGCAGUCACCGCUAUUUUGGGGUCGAAGCUUAAAGCUUACGACCGGAAGGACCCUAUUUUGGCGAGAAACAAGCUGACAAUCAAGAAGCUCGAGCUGGAUAAAUUGGAAGCUAAGGCCAAGCGGGCGCUUUUAGCGGAAAAGAAGCAGUUGCAAGACAAGCACCGGGUGAGAAGACUUAUACCCGCCGGCGAUGGCGCUGCCGAAGCGUUGGCUCAUGAACGUCACCUUAAAAAGUCGGCUCAAAAGGGGGUGGUUCGUUUGUUUAACGCUAUUUUGGCCACCCAAAUCAAGACUGAGCAACAACUUGAGGCCGAGAUUGGUGGGGAAAAGCGCAAGCAGGAGUUGAUGAACGAGAUUUCUAAGGAAAAGUUUUUGGAUUUGGUGCAAGCGGCAGGUAACGAGUAA